AUGUUUGCCUCCAAUGCCGCGUCGUUCUUCGUCUUGAUGGUGGCUGCUCUGACGGCCACGGCGAGCAACCACGGCUCCUCCAAGCACCACGACAUCUUGGUUCGAGCCGCACCUUGUGCUGCCGGAAGCUACGCCAACUCUGCUGGGUGGCACGUAUCAACCAGCCUCCGGCCAGACCUCUCGUGUAUCCCCGCCACGAACGGUAGCUAUGUCCCCAACAACGGAGCGACUACCUCUACCCUAUGCGCUGCCGGCAGCUAUCAACCUCGCGCUGGCCAGAACUUCUGCUAUGGUGCCCCGUCUGGUCGUUUUGCUAGCCAGCCUGGGAUGAGAGGCGUCUGCGGCGCGUGCUGUGGCUGGACGACUACCCAAACCAACUACAACACGGGCGUGGUCAAAUGCUCUGGUUCGACUCCGUUUUCUGGUCGUGCUUCUGGCUCGGGUUGUGUUUCGACGCGUCAAGGUUGUGACCCAGUUGCAACUUGCGCGCAGGCAGCGAAUGGAGCUUGCCCCGACCAAUCGUUCGAAUUCGUCGGACCGGCCCCAGGCGCGAUCUCCAAGGCAACAUACGCCGCUUAUGGCCUCUUCAAUGUCGACCCAAACCCGGCGAAUGCGAUUAUAUUUGAAAUCCAGCUGGACCCGACCAUGCAAAAUGGGUCCAAGCUGAAUAUCAAGGCAACGACUACGUCAUACGCGGCGACUUAUCCGUUCAUGGGUGGUAUCGUCGGCGCAGCCAGCUCGUCGAACGACUUUGCGAGUGGAAGUCCUAACUAUGCAUAUAUUCAAGGCACUUCGCAAACACCUACUGGUUCUGGUCCACAAUCUGUGCCGAAUUCAUUCCCUGGCAGCCCGAGCUUUGCGGAAUCUUCAAUUUGGUCGUACGAUCGUGUUUCUACGCGUGUGAGCCCGCAAUGGAUCAACACCGACGGAACCAGCCCUGCGACAUUCCCCAUAUACCUUCCGGACUACCAGGCGAUUGCGAUCACGGGAGAUGUUGCGGAGUUCACCAACCAGUUUGGGACUGCGACGAGGAUAUCCUUCACGUAUUUGCCGUGA